CAGUAGAUGGCAGUGAUGUGCCAACUCCUAGUCUAGUUUUGCUCCUCCGUCUGUCAGUGAAACCGAAAGUGUUUCAGGCUUAGAAAGAAAGACACAAACUGUCUACAAACAUGGAGCUGCUUUCUCAGAUCUUUCUUUGUCUCCUCACCCUGUGCGGAAUAAUGUUUGCUAAAGGUAAGGGGGGGGAAAGGGCCUGUCAUUGAUAAAUAGUGUAUGUUUUAUCGGCCACAUUUAAGAAUGAUAAUCAAGCUGAAUUUAGACAGACCACGAAAACAUUUAAGUGUAUCCCUUCACAACCGAGUAGCCGAGUGAAUUUCCUACUUCAUAGCGUUAUUCUACAGGAAUUAAGCAUCGGUAACGCCCUCUUCUUUGAGGAAAUAUGUUAGUUUAUUUUUCCACUGUUGCGCUUUUACUCUGUAUAUUACGGUAAUGGGUUACUGGCUGGGUGCGGUGACCUCAUGUGAACCCUGUAGCCGGAAGUCAGAAAACUUCGGAUAUUUGGCUACAAGAGUUGUUUCGUUGUUUAUUUUUAAAAUAAAUUAGCAAUAUAUUAAUCAUAUUAUUUUCAUUAAUCAUUCCUUGCGUUAUAUCGAUUUUAAUAUGGGGUUAAAUUGAAUGUGUAUAAGGCCCGCUUCCCCAUGAUCCAUAUAGACGAUUAUUGUCAGUUUAAUCCACCAUGUUGUUCUCAAAAUCAUCUUCAGAAUCUUUUUUUACGGUUGGCAACUUUUGUUACCUCAGUAUCUUUCAAUUAUGCUGAUAUAAUGGUUUUAACUCAGGACACAAAUGCUGUUUUAAUUGAAGAAUCUGCUAUAAUAAGAUAAAAUAUUUUUAGCACAUCAAAUAAUUGUACUAUAGUAAUGUUUUAUACAAACUCAGUCACCUUAAUAAUGGCUUUCAACUUGUUUCAGUGCCACACUUUUAAAUUAUGAGAUAAUAAAGUCAUAGCAAAAUGUGAAAUAUGUUUAUUAUUACAAUUGCUAACUUAAACAAAUAAAAUACACCACAUAGUUAUUAGCAAAUUCAUUUCAAUUAUCCCCCCAUAUGUUCAGUCACUUUUAUGAUAACAGUCCGUGUUUUAACCCAGCAUUUCCUAAUUACAGUACGACAAACUACACUACAAAAUGCAUUGUUAUAAAUUGCUAUGAAUGAUCAAAAAUCACAUUGAUUUAAACAAAUUCAUCCAGGCAAUGGUUUUUAAUAUCAGUGGGUUUGUCUGUAAAAACAGUCAUAUCAUUUCACCGCUGGGUUUAUUCAUUUAAACUGCUUAAGUCCAGCUAAUAUAGAAAGAGAAUAGGUGUAUGCAUUCCAGCAGUAGAAAAUAAACAAACAUUUCUCUUUAACAACCUUAUCGCUCUGUCAUAACCAUUUAUCUGUCUUGAUGGUUGUGUAUUCAUAAACCAUGUAGUUUGGGUUUGCCUCAUCUGCUUAAUCAAGCUUUAUAAUUCCUCUGUUUUGUUCCUCUUUAACCAAACUCCCUCUGAAGUCACUUAAGUGAAUAAACGUAAUUGGCCUUUAGUCUUGUUUUCUGUUUGCAGCCUGUAAAGUUUCUAACCCGAAUCCAAACAUUAAUUUAGUAAAUGUGUUCAUCAUAUCACUGCAUUUUCAGUCCACAUUUGAAAACUUCUGCAAAAUACAGCAGUUAUGAAAAAGCACUUUUCCAAAAUGGCUUUGUUAUCUUACUGUGUUUGCGCAUAUUGAAUUUAAUGCUUGGGUAAGAUUUAAAUGUUUCACUAGAUUUUAAAAAAACAUCCCAAAAAAAUAGAAGAUGUGAAGUUAAUCAUCAAACUGGAGCUCAAGAAUAUAUCUUACGGGAUGGAUUACAUGUCUCUUGAUACCUUAACCUCAGUGCUGUUUAUGAAAAUAAGAUGAUUUACUUUUCCUUUUCAUAUCUUGUAGGAGUGGACCUAAUCAAAGUGAAAGAAGACAGUGAUGUGGUUUUGCCCUGUUCCCUCAGCUCUAAGGAGAACAUUGAGUCAAAGCUGUUUGACUGGAAGAAAGACGGUCACAUGGAGGUGUUCAUGUAUGAUGGUGGCCUUAUUCAUGGUACAGGUCAAGAUAAACAGUUUGAAGGUCGAGUCUCACAUUUUGGAGAUGAACUGAAGAACGGCAACGCCUCAAUAAAGAUCUCAAAGACCAAGGUGUCUGACAGUGGAAGCUACAGCUGUAUUUUUCCACGUCUUCAGCCCCCUCAGACGUUCAACAUUCAGCUUGUUGUUGGUGAGUUCUUACAUGAAACACUCAGAGAUGUUUCAGACAAUUCUUUAACAAAUACAUGUAUGUGUACAUGUUUAUGAUUAAUAACUGGUGUUGAAUACUUUCAUUGGGAUCAUCCAUCGACAUAAUAGCUGCCUGAUGGACAACCAUUCUGUUUAAAUGCCUAAUAUUUUAAUUAUACAUUUUUAAACCACUGCUGAUGCUAAAGGUCAGGUUGUAGGUCAAAACCGUCAGUUGUAGUAUUUAACGGAGGAAACACCUGUUCUCAGCAGCAUAUGACCUGAAAUAGGGUUAUUUUGCAAAGUACAGUUGAAACUCUCAGAGAGGGAUGAAUUUUCUAGUUAAAAAACAACAAGAUGAAAGACCAUCGAUGACAGGAACCACGUGGUCCAAAGGGAGCUGUAAUAACAUGGAUCAAGAGUGCCUUAGCAGCUUUAAAAGUAGAGGUCAACUGAUGGAACUUAUGUAAUGACUGUUACUGAUAAUGACUGAGCAGGCUGGCCGAUGGCUGAUUUAAAAUGCUGAAAUCACACUGUGUUGUUGUUUUAUUCUGCCAUUGACAAAACACAACAAUUUAACACAUUAGGAAAAAAUGCUGAACUUAAGUGAAGAUUUUAAUAAAGGAGACAAUAUUUGGCUCAGAUUGAUACUUGUCUAAUAAAAUCUAAUCUAAUGAAAUGAAAAGAAAAUACAUUAGUUAAUGCAAUAGAUUUGAGAACAUUGUUCAUUUACACUCACCGGCCAUUUUAUUAGGUACAUCUGUUCAAUCAUUAACAAUGCAUGCAAGCAUGUAGACAUGGUCAAAACAACUUGAUGAAGUUCAAACUGAGCAUCAGAAUGAGGAAGAAAACAGAGACUUGAAACAUGACAUGGCAUUUCAGAAACUGCUGAUCUGCUGGGAUUUCCAUGCACAAUUAUUUGUAGAGAAUGGUACAAAAAAAGAGAAAAUAGGCAGUUGUGUAGAUGAAUAUGUCAUGUUGUUAUUAGAGGUCAGAGGAGGAUGGGCAGACUGGUUCCAGAUAAAAGAAAGGCAACAGUUAGUCAAAUAACCACUCGUUACAUCCAAGUUAUGCAGGACAGUACCCCUGAACACACAACAAACCUUGAAACAGACAGGCUAUAGCUGCAGAAGACCGCACCAGGUACCACUCCCGUCAGCUACGAACAGGAAACUAAGUUUACACUUCAAACAGGCUCACCAAAACUCAACCUCAGAGGAUUGGGACAACGUUUCCUGGUCUGAUGAGUCUGGAUUUUAGCUGUGACAUGCAGACGGUGGGUCAGAAUUUGGUGUAAAAAACAUGAAAGCAUGGAUCCAUCCUGCUGUGUAACUGUACACCAGUCACCUACACAGUCUCCAGAUCUCAGUCCAGUAGAGCUCCUCUCAGAUGUGGUGAACAGGAGAGUCACUUCACGGAUGUGCAGACAAAUCUACAGCACCUGCAUGACGCUCUCAUGUUAAUAUGGACUAAAAUCUCUGAGGCAUGUUUCCAACACCUUGAUAAAAGUAUGUCAAGAAGAAUUGAGGCAGUUCUGAAGGCAAAAGGAGGUCCAACCCAGUACUAGCAAGGUGUACCUAAUAAAGUGGCUGGUGAGUGUAUCUGGCAGAAACAACAUUUAACUGCAUAAUUCUACACAUUAGAACAGAAUUUAUAUUAAGACCAGCAGUGACUGUUUUAGAUUUGAGUUGCUGUCAUGGUGUUUGUAACUUCCUUGUGGGGGAUGAUACUGAUACAAUGCUGAUCAGGCCAAAAUGCCUUUAAUCAGCUAUAACGGCCAUAAUCUUUGACACACAGAAACAAACCCCUAGAGUAGCAGCAGCAGUCAUAUUUUGAUCAGACCAUGGUUAAACUAUGUCCAUAUAGGAAGAGGUUUUCCUCUGAAACACCUACAAUACUCCGCGUUAAGUAUUCUGCCGCUCUUCAGACAUCAUCUUGUUUUUAUUUUACAGUAGAUAAUGAUGAAAAAAGCAUUUUAGGACCUAUUAUUCUGAUUCCAUCAGAAAGAAGAAAGUCCCCUCUGUUGGAUGGCUUAUGGAUAAAUCUAUUAUUUCUUUCUGUUGGUGGCGAGACAGAUAACUGAUGGGUGAUCCACAUUGACUUGAUGGAAUACAGUACAGCUUUCUACGUGGACAAACAUCCUUGAGUUUUCUGACUUCUACCUUGGAGUUUAGUCUUCGUCUUUCACUGAAGCCUCUUCUAAUCCAUUAUCAGAGCCCUCUGUUCAGCAUGGAUCUACCUGUUGUUGAGCUAUAUUCAUGUACCUAAGCGAGGCCUGUGCUGACAAGCAGGAGUGUGUCAAAUCUUUUAGACUGGGGUGCCCUAAGUCCAGUCUCUGACAAGGACUUAAGCUAAACUAAAUGAUGUUUUGAUUUGGAAAAAGCAUCUUUGGCCAAAACAUCUUACCAAAACCUUACCAUAAACAGGACCAAAUGCAUGUGUAGAACUAGAAAAGCACUCAGAGAGCGCAGACCUCCGCCAAGCAGCUCAUGUCCCCCCUUAAAGAGAAAUGCCCUCACCAGGGUUUGAACCCAGGACCUUUUGAUUGUACGGUGACAGUGCUAAUCACUACACCACUGUGCCGCCCAUCUACACCUCUGUGCCGCCCAUUUGUUAUCUUUCAGCAUUGAAAAUUCCAACGACACCCUUAUUUUUGUGUGAUCUGGAUCACAGUAUCUGGAAUUUUGUCCGGAUCACCAUCAAAAUGUAAUGGGAUCCUUCUGGGGCUGAGACACACCUCUGGUGAGAAUUUCAGGUCAAUCCGUCUGUUACUUUCUCUGUAAAGUUACUAACAGACAAACAAACAAACCAACGCUACCGAAAACAUAACCUCCUUGGCGGAGGUAAUAAAAGGCUGUCAAACAGCAAAUGAUCGAGAAAAGAGGCAAAUUUUUACAUUUAUUGUAACUUGGAUUGUUUUCCAUUCACCCUUUGUCAGGUCGAUGUUUGAAGCCCUCUGUUGUAGCACUGAAUGACACAAAGGACUGGUCUCAGCUGCAGUGUGUUGUUCGAGAAGCUCCUACUAAACCUAAAGUGGAGUGGAGGGACAGUUCUGGAAAGACCCUUCCUGCUGAAGAGCCACAGGCCACAGAAAGAGGAGGCAGCUACGACAUCAUCCUCCAAACUACGGUGACCAAGACAGACCAGUACAGCUGUGUUGUUCAGAGUGGGGACAUUUGUGAUCUGGAUCGAAGCAGCAUCUCUGUGCAGAUCUGUGGUAAGACUUAAAGACAUGAAGUGCAACAAUUAUUUAAAACAUUUUCUGUUGUUCAGACUAAACUGGAAGUUUUUCUUAACUUAAAACGUAGAAACAGCAUGAAUACAUGUUAUAGUCAAACUAACACGUUCCAAUCUCAAAGACAAAAAACAAAUAACUGCUGCUUUGUUCACACUUUAUCAGAGCCGACUGUACUAUCUCACCUUCCAUCCAAAUCAGGGAAGAAGAAGAUAAAGUUCAACUCGGACAACAAGUGCACAACCAGAAUAAAGAGGCUCUGAAGAGUUAAUCAGCUCUGUUUAGAUUGAUCAGAUCACAGCUACGUUUCACAAUUAGAUGACAGUUUGACUAUUUGAACAACAAGUGUUUUUUAUUUUAUUUCAGUCCAGCAAAAUUGAAGUUUGAUUGAAACUAGGGGUGUCCCAAAACAACUUAUUUACCUCCGAUACGAUACAGAUAUUGUAGCCUUCAGUACUGGUUGAUACCAAUAUUGAUCUGAUAUUAGUUGUGAUUGUGAGAUGAAGCCUCUUGAAGCAUCAAAGCUUUCCAUCCAAUUGCUCGACUCCUGGGCUGAAGCUUCAUUAUUGUGCUUCAUUUGCUCUACUGUGCCAUCAAGUGGACAAUAAAUGUAAAACAGGCAGAGUGAUUAUCAAAGACACCCUGGGGCUUUGGUGCACAGAGCUUUGAAAUGAAUGAAUGAAUGAAUGAAUGAAUGAAUGAAUGAAUGGAUGUGAUGCCAUGUGUUUGUGAUACAGUACAGAAAUUAUGAAGUUAUUAACAUGGUGUCUGUCUUUAUGACACAGUAGCAGGGUAUAAAAGGGGAAGAAGACAUAAUUUAUGGAGAGGGUUGUGAAUGUGCUUGUGUUACUUGUUUUGUGACUGUGCUUUUAUUAUGGGGACAACAUAUGACACGUAAACAUUUCAUUUACUUUUAUUAAAAAACAACUUUUUAACAAGUCUUAAGUAUAUGGAUUGUGGGGGGGUUCGCUGCCCAUUAUAUAUAUCCAAUCAUCCGCCAAACCGCAAACCAUUUCUUGAAUCAGUUACGUGGUACGGCCAGCUUGCGGGGCUUCAAAAGUCAUCACAUACAUCACCAACACAAGCCUCGAUACACACUUCACCAAAAUUUAAGACUUAAUAGAUCAUAACUAUUACUCAUAUUUUUGACUGUCUCAUAUCUUAAAAUAAAAACUUACCUUGAACAUAAAACCAAUCCGAGUCAAUUCGGGACCAAAAUGAACAUCAAACAGCAGUCCUACUUCCCUCUAUGGUUCAAUAUGAAAAUGGCCGCGGGAUUUCCUACCCCCGUUAGCAGGGCUUACACUUUCAACUCUAGUUAAAUGAGUUCAUUAAAGCUACUCAGCUUGAAAGAGUUCAUGUAACAAACUUGAAAUGUUUUACAAGAACUCAAUGCUCUACAAUUUUAUGAAUACUCAAAACAAUUUAUUUGACACCUCAGUUUUUAACUUUCAAGCAAGGUCAGCUUUAUAGGGAUGAGUGACGGUAACAUUUUUUAAAUUUUAAGUUAUUUGAACUUAUUUUGUUUAUUGAAAUACACUGUUAGGUUUUACAGUGCAGUAACAGCCAUCACGAGGCUGGUGUUAACAUAAACUCCAAACAAAAUACAUCUUUUCAUCCCCAAAAACAGCAAACAAAUCCAGAGCAGCUAGUGGACGGUGUUUGGAUGUAGACUAUAAUGAAGAGCUGCUUUUAUUUACACACUCACUGAGAUUUCAACAGGACCAGUGCGACACUCACCUGUCCACUCCAGUCUGCUCUCCGAUCAUGGACACACACUCUGAGUGACACAAACUUUCCGUUGUCUUUUUCAGGUUCUAGUACCGUACCUGUGAUUAUUGCUGUUUUCUGCACUCUUUUGGCUGUUGGCAUUGUCCUGGGUGUGCUUUUCGCCAAAGGCUGCAUCAGCUUUGAAAAAUACGGUAAGUUUGAAUGACUCUCAAAAAAUGCACCGUCAAAGGAAGUUGUUUUUCUUUUUCCUAUUUACACUCUUGACAGCCGUUUUAUCUCUUCAAACACGUAGUAUCAGUCAAAAUGUACACUCAGAGGCAUAUCAAGUUGGUUUGAUUUACUUGAGCAUACUAGCUGAUAGAAACAUACAGUUAGGCUCAUUGUAUAUAAUGUAAAUCAGGCCAAUGAUAUUUAGGGAUGGUGUUCGGGAGCAAAGUCACUGAACAGCCUUGUAUUUGAGUCUCUGCUAAUAUUUUAUCUUACAAAUAGAGCUGCCACAAAUCAGGUUGGCAGCAGGUUAGCUGUAUUGAUUAUUUUAUAACAUCAAGUUACUGAAAACAUUUGCUCUAUUACUGUCGUCCUUUGGUGCCUCUCUCUGCUCAGCUGCUGUCUAUGUGUAAAUUAUACCAGCUUAUAGUGUAAAAAAGUGUUUCCUAAACAGACUAUCCCUGGAAACUGUUAAAAUGUUCAAAAGCAUCCCUGAAAUGAAAAAAAAAAAUACAGUAACAAAAUCAAAGUUCAUGUACAUACAUAGUUUGACUGAUCUGAUGACAUUAGGUUAUGCAGUUAAAGUUGAAACAGAAGCAACCAUAGAGGCCAGUGCCAUGACCCCACACAGCACUCAUGGCACCAUCUUAAGGACCGGCCUGCUGAAGAAUUGGGAUUUUGAAUCAGUUAUGUUAGAAAAUGAGUUGAUUACAAAAAAGGGCAGGCUGGCUGACAGCCUGUGAACACAUUUACAGCAGCUGUUUGCCUUUAGCUGUUUAAUUUGAACUUCACAAGACGAUCCACUUACAGUCUGGCACACACUCAAAGAUUUUUACAACCUGAUUUUGAAAACGUCACAAAAUGACAGGUUUAACAGUUUUUUUUCCCUGUAGUGUGUGGUGUGCAACAGUGCAUUAAACAUCACAGACAAGAAGAGUUUUCAUCACGCAGCCAAAGUCCCUCCUGUUAAUGCAUAGUGUUUACUGUCGUUGCCAUGGUUACAUUUGCUUCCUGCUGCGGUCAGCUUGUUCCCUGGUUGGCUAUCCAGUUGUUCCGUGUGACAAUGGACAGGGUGCAUGAACCCCGAGCAUGUUUAAUAUACUUCCAAGACAGGGUGGCUAUGAUUGUCUUUUGCACAGAUCGGUGGGAAGAAAAAUCAUACAACCAUCUGAUGAUCUGACUUUUUCUGACUUUUGUCGAGUCAGACCACAGAUUGGCACAAUUAUCUUGUGGUUUGUGUCCCACUUAAUGUCCCCUGAGCUUCAAAGAUAAACCAGCGGCUUGUGCUACAAACUGCAGUUCCUCAAGUGCCCACCUUAGACUGGCUCCAGAAGUGCCAGAAACCCUGAACACUUAUUCACUACAGCUCGUAUUUAGAGCAAAAGUCAACACGAUAACACAAUAAUAUCCAUUUCAUAGAUUGAGGUCAGGAGUGUGGCGAAUUACAGGCGCAGUGACUUGACUGAGCACGCAGUCGCUGUUAGUGAGGCUGAAGGCCCACCUCUACUCCACCUUUGUGCCUCAUGCUGAGUAAGGUUAAGUCAUUGUUUGUAUUUUGGCAACAGCUGCUGGCACACUUCAAAACCCUGAGACAAACAGGUGACAUUACUGAGAGACUCUGUUCAUGUAUUAUACAGUCUAUGAUAAACCCUGUGAUGAAACUGUAGGAGAGAUCAACAUGAAUAUGAACUUAUUUUUCAAAGCUAAGGAAUUGGAUUUUUUGUGAUGUGAUGUCUCUGUUUAUUCUUACAGUUCAGAGGGACAGUCCGCUCUAAAUGAAGAAAGGGAACAUCCUAAAGCUGAAGUGUGUUUCUAUAUCCCUCCCUGAAAAGAUGAAGUCGGCCGUUAUCAUUUUUUUUUUAAACCUGGUGGCUGAUAAAUAGUUUUAGUAUUUGGCUGUUUUUGUUUUUUCUUGUUUUUCUAAUUCAGUAAAAUACUUCAAAUCAAUGAUACUGACAGAAAAGAAACAACAUUGUUGACCUUAAAUGAACAUUUCUCUUUAUUGAACAUGAGCAGAAAAACAUUUGGUUCACUGAAAUAUCGCCACAAGGGAUCUUUUGGAUUUCUGUUCAGCCGUAUGUAUUCAUUAAAAAAGGAAAAAAACAACAUAAACGCUAACCUUUACUUGUUUUAGGUUGAUUUUCAGUUAAUUGAAUGAAUUCAUAAAAAAGAUUGGGUUUUAUUAUAAAUUGCAGAACAUGUCUAAUAUUUCUGUCAGACACAAUAUCAAACUACUUUGAGUUACAUAUUUUAACAGAAUUGUUAUAAAACACUUAUGAAGUAAGUGUUUGAGGUUUAAUAUGCCACAACACAUUAUUAUUUAAAACAGAGGACAGUAAAACCUGCUUUUGCUGAUUGUUUCAUAAUACCAUAAACCAGCUUUUCAAUUAAUCAGUCUGUCUGCAGUUUAAAGUUAGACUGAUAACUGCAGAGGUUGUAUCAACCAUAUGAAUGAACAUGUAAAUAUUUCUGAAUCAUUUUAUUUGUAUGUAUUUUUAAUUGAUAGCUGCAGCUUAGAAAAGAGAGUGCCUCCAACACAAAAAGCAGGUGUCUAGAUUUAGCUUUUGAAAGGUCUGGCUGAGAUGGAUUACUGUCCCAAAAAUUAGACUUGACUGAAUUUGUGUAUUUUAUGUUUUUUUUUUAAUAUCUCAGGUUAAUUGUUACAGUUUAGCUGCUGAAUGUGAAGCCAAACUCUACGACAAAGUAUAAGGCCCACUUUAAAGCUCUUGUUUGGUUUGACUCUAGCGCCCCCGGUGGACAAAGAAUUACCCCUAAUCUAUACAUCAAGGUGUUUUUUUGGCUAUAGUCUCAUACUGUUUCCUCGAAUAGUCAAAUGUGUAUGUCAGUUUCGUUAUUUGUUGUGGAAGAAGUAAAAAAGGCUGUUUUUCUCACAUGCUGUGAAUUGUCUGGUCUGACAUCUGUACCCCCUGCCUACAGGAACAACCUUUCUGCAGACUCUGCUAAGAGAGGCCGUUGGUCUUGUUUCUGAAGGUCUUGUUUAGUUUUGAAUCCAGGAAAAGGUUUCACUUUUAAUAUAAGUCUAGUUCAGAACCAACUUGAACCCCUCACAUGAGCUUUGAGAAAGAAACGAUUUUGAGAAUAGUCAUUUGAUUAAAAAGAUAAAGUGGUAAAAAAAAUAAAAGAAGUCAUAAAAUCCAAAAGUGUAACUUUUGUGUGACAAAAGUCUUAAGACUGUGAAGUAGAAGUUGACUGAGUUUCUUAAUACUGAGGUCGCAAUAACAGGAUGUAACAUAAGUCAGGUAUUUGUUUAUUUGGGAAACUUUUACUCUAGUUUAACUUAAAUGAGGUUCAGUGUUAUUUAAGUGAAGGAGGCUGGCUGCUUCUCAAAUAUUCACCCUUAUUGUGACAUGAAGGAAGAAAUCGUUCUCUUGUUACAUUAGAAGUCACAGAUUUGAAAGAUUGACUAAAAAAUGAAGUUGGAAGCUUUUUUAAUUGACCUUUUUCUCAGAGUAUUACUGUUACAUUUUAUACAUUUUUCCUUUGAGUUGUGAGAAAAUUAUUUAGAGAGAGUUUUCAUUUUGGUGGUCCUUACCCUUCCAUCAGGCAGUCACAGGUGGAGAGAGGAGAGCAGGGAGAGGAGGCAGGUGGGUGUCUGAAAAGCAGAGGGACAGAACAAGCAUGAGAAAGAGAGGAUGUAGCGACCACAGGUGUGCAUGAGCAUUAACAAGCUAACAACAACAAUAAGUGCUCAAAUCCUUGUUUCUUAAGACACAGUGUAAAAGUGCUUAGCACAAAUAAAAUUGGGUGUUAUCACUUUUUUUUAUCACGAUAAUGUUUUACAAUUGUCACCUGGAAAUAAGAAUAACAGCUCUGAGUGUCUUAAAAGCUGGAUUCAUGUGUGCCAAAAAAGUUAUCAUAAUAGAGUGACCAAAUUUGCACCAGUUUUUAUUCAUUUUAUUGCUAUCCAUUAUAAUAGCCACUAAAGACAGACUGAUGCUGCUGGAAAAAAAUUCUCAGAUGUUUUUAAUCUGGUUUCAUUCAGAUCUGUUUGUCAUUUACUUCUCUGUUGUGAUUCUGACUUCAGACAAAAUUUACUAAAGUUUCUACCUGAAUAAUUUUUCUAAGUUCCCCACAAUCUACAAAACUUGGCCUCUGUAGUUGUUGCCUGUCUGGAAUUUAUUGUGCACUUUUUUAUUGUUACAGUGUGGUUUGUGAAUUUUUUCAAAUACAGUCAUUAAUUGUUUUAAUAAAAAAUAAUAUUAUUCCCUUGUGC